AUGACUACUGAUCCAAGGGCUACUAAGGGCUAUGAUGCUACAAAUGACUCAAGGGCUAUGAUUGAAUCAAGGGCCGUUAAGGCCUAUGAUGCUAUGAAGGUCUUAGGAAUCUCUAAGGAAGAGGUGAAACCUGUGCUGAGAAAUUUGCUUAAAGUGUAUGAUAAAAGUUGGGAGCUUAUUGAAGAUGACAACUAUCGGACUCUUAUAGAUGCGUACUUUGAGUCAAAGGAAGAUAAGACAGAAGAACACAAGAGAAAAGCUCCAAUCAAUUCUCAAGAUGGGGAAAGACCAAAACAGAGACUUCACGUGGCAGAUAGGGACAACCAGGUUCCAUCAGCUGUCAAAUCAAUAGAAGUGUUGCCUGUAGAAGACAAUGACAAACCUCCAAAGACUCUUAAACAGAAAUCUAUGAAGUCAUUUCAAACUUCGUCGUCACACAAACUUCUAUCACAGAGAAAAUUGAGUGACGAUGAAAGGAUCUCAAGCUUACCUUCCAUGGCUGCUAGAGGUCAAAAAAGUUAUCCUGCUUCAUCUGCAGGGCUUUAUUCAGAGGAACCUAGCCAUCCUUCUAUUCAGAGAAAAAAUAUGUCAAGCGAUCACCAUCAGAAGAAGAUUAAAACAUCAGGAACUGAGAUGCCUAAGUUUCGUGUUGGAACUGCAUCGACGAGUUACAAUGGCUCACUUGGCGCUUCAAAUGGAAAUCUUUCUAUCAAAUCCCCAUCAAAGGUUCUGAAAUCUGGUGGAUAUGUCGAUGACAUAACAAAAGGUUCUGAAAACGUCAAAGUAUCAUUAUUAGAUGAAACUAAAAGUGAGGAGUUUCCUAAAUUCAAUUACAUUCCAUGUAAUGUAAUUUAUCAGUGCGCUAAUGUCAAUAUUUCACUGGCUCGGAUUGCGGAUGAGGGUUGCUGUGCUGAUUGUUCAGGCGACUGUCUUUCCUUAUCAUUUCCUUGUGCUUGCUCUCAAGAAACUGGUGGAGAGUUUGCUUACUCUUCAAACGGUUUAUUAAAAGAAAAAUUUCUCACGGAUUGCAUAAAUGAACCUCAAGCUCAUCAUUAUGUGUAUUGUAAAGAAUGCCCAAUUGAGAGGUCUAAGAACGAGAGCAAACCUGAACCAUGCAGGGGACAUCUGGUUAGGAAGUUUAUAAAGGAGUGCUGGAGGAAAUGUGGAUGUGACAUGCAGUGUGGAAAUCGGGUAGUACAACGAGGUUUAAGCCGGAAAUUGCAGGUAUUCUUGACUGAUCAGGGAAAGGGCUGGGGCGUUAGAAGCCUAGAAGAUUUGCCCAAGGGAAGCUUUGUAUGUGAAUACGCCGGAGAAAUUUUAACUAAUACAGAGUUAUAUGAUAGGAUUGUAAUGAGUACUGGCAAUGACAGACAUACAUAUCCUGUAACGCUUGAUGCGGACUGGGGCUCUGAAGUGGGAUUAAAGGAUGAAGAGGCUUUGUGCUUAGAUGCAACACAUAAUGGGAAUGUUGCAAGAUUCAUCAAUCACAGAUGCGCCGAUUCAAAUUUGAUAGAUAUUCCUGUGGAAGUGGAGACACCUGACCGCCACUAUUAUCAUCUUGCCCUUUUUACAAAAAGAAAUGUGAGUGCAUACGAGGAGUUGACAUGGGAUUAUGGAAUUGACUUUGAUGAUCAUACCCAUCCUAUUAAAGCAUUUAAAUGCCGUUGUGGAAGCGCUCACUGCCGUGAUAAAAAACAAAAAGGAACUAGAUCAGCAAAGACUAAAAAACUCAAGCAUACGAAUACACAUUGA